UCCUCUGAGUUUCAGCACCUCACCCCUCAGGGAGACCACAGAGAAAGACACCCAGAACUGCUUGAGUCCUGAAGUGACUUGAUCCUUGGAUAUUUUUCUUAUUAUAUUUGUAAAUACUUCCUUUCCUUAGUGCAUUGGGAGAUUACAAACUCCUGUCCAGUUUCUGAGAGAUUUACUAAGGUAUCUUCCUAUUGAAAACAGAUAAGCCUUGUUUCCCGCCUUGCUGAAGAUCUAAGAUUUGGACAGUGCUGAACAAAUUCCGUAAGGCUCCUCCAUAAUUUGAGAGAUGGUGAAUGAACAUAAGAAAGUAGUUCUGGAACAAUUAGCACGCAUUGAUGAUAUUAAAUUUAAGAUGAUUAAGUCCUUACUGAACAAGGAGCUACAUCUAACUGACAAAAUGCAAGAAGAUUAUGACAUAAUUAAGAUUGCUAACAUGUUGGAAGAAAAGUUUCCGAAGGAUGCUGGAGUGAGCAAACUGAUCGAGGUGUGCAAAAAUAUGCCACUCCUUACAACCCUGGCUGACAGAUUUAAGGAGGAAAGGACAAAAGUUCAAAAUCAAAACAAAAGGAAAAGCAAUGCCGCACAGAGAAAAAGAAAGCAAGGUGAACCUAACACUUCCCAACCUGAGUCUAUCAGAGAUGCAUCAAGCAAGGACACACCUUCGUUAAAGAAAAAGAAGGACAAAACUAUGGAAACUGAAGGCUUAGAGAAAGGGAAGCUUACCCAGAAGCAGAAUCAACCUUCAAAACCUGCAGAAAGGAACACACAGAAAAGAGAAGACGCUGCACAGAUUCCCCCCAUGACUCCACCAACAACACCCAGCAAUUCCGCAAUCAAGAAGAAGAGAAAAGAGACAAUAACAACUGAAGACUUCAAGAAAAUGAAGCUUACACAGGAGCAGAAUCAGCUUCCAGAACCUUCAGUAACCAAUGCCAUGAAAACAGAAGACAGUCACCAGACUCUACAUAUGCCUUUACCUAUAUCACCCAGCAAUUUCUUAACCAAGGAGAACUCUAUCAAAAACUUCAGUGACAUAAAAGAAAACAUGCUCUUCCAGUGGGGCCAAUUUGCAACAACUUCAGCUACCAGCAUUGACUUUGCUGAGAGUCAAGUUCAGACUCCUCCCAAACUUCCUCCAAAUGCUUCCAGGCAUUCUUCAUCAAAGUCUCCUCAGGUUCCUCCAGCAACACUGUCCCUGGGUAUCCAGGUCGGACAGGUGCCUCCAGUGAAAGCAUCCAGUAUUCUCCCAGCUCCUCCUGUGCCUCCAUCAACAACUUCAUGGCUGUUUCCAACAGUAUCCAAUGGGCUCCAAACUUUUCAAAGAAUUCCAUGUGCAGUACCCAGCAACUUGUCUCCUUUGGUGACUACAGUCACGUCACUCAUGAAUCAGAGGCCACCGGUCCAAACUCAAGUGGGUACCAGAAUCACUGCUCUCCAAAGGAACUCGAUUACAGUGAAGGUACUGAAAGCAACAGAGGUAUUUGAAUAUGAGUCUUCAGGAUGGGGGACAAACAAGAUGUUCCAUGCUACAGUGGCUACAGAAAGACAGUUUUUCCAUGUGAAGGUUUUCAAUAUCAACCUGAAAGAGAUGUUCUCAAAAAACAAUGUCAUUAUCAUCUCCAACUACAUUGAAUGCAAAGGAAUCUUAGAGAUAAAUGAAGCAUCCUGUGUGCUUCAAGCUGGUCCUGAUCAAAAGAUUGAAGUUCCAAACCACGUUAUCAGAAGAGCAAAUGGAACUCCCAAGAUUGAUGAUCUUCUAAAGCUUGCUCCUGGGACAAUGGUAUAUGGGUUGUUUCAGUUACACAAGCACACUCUUCAAGACACUCUGCUUAUAAGUACAAUUGUAAAACUGAUGAGCAGUGGCUUUAGUGAAAUUCUGCAGGGAAGUGAGGGCGGAGCUGGUUGUAUAAAGAAAGAGGCAGCAGAAGCUGCAGCACAGAGGCAGUGGCACGGGAAAUGGUGUGGCAGUGACAACAUCUGGGCUGACAGCAGACCAAACUGUCAACGGGCAAGGCUGCUGGCUGCUAGACAACUGAACAAGAGACAACAAAAGCUUGAGAGUGACCAGGGCGGGAACCUGGGGGAUGACGGAAUUUACAAUACUAGUUCCAAAAUUAAUUCUUUACUAAAGACAUUUUCAGAGUUCCUCUUUGUAUCGGUGAUGCUGAAUAUAUUUUGGCACCCAGAAUCUGAGAUGGUGAAUGAACACAAGAAAGUAGUUCUGGAACAAUUAGCAGACAUUGAUGGUAUUAAAUUUAAGAUGAUUAAGUCCUUACUGAACAAGGAGCUACAUCUAACUGACAAAAUGCAAGAAGAUUAUGACAUAAUUAAGAUUGCUAACUUGUUGGAAGAAAAGUUUCCGAAGGAUGCUGGAGUGAGCAAACUGCUUGAGGUGUGCAAAAAUAUGUCACUCCUUGAAACCCUGGCUCAAAAUCUUAAGAAGAAGGCAAAAGCUCAAAAGAAAAAGAAAAGGAAAAGCAAUACUACACAGAAAAAUACCCAGCAAGGUGAACCCACUGCUUUCCAACCUGAGUCUACCAGAAAUGAAUCAAGCAAGGAUACACCUUCAUCAAAGAAAAAGAAAAGUAAAACCACAGAUACGGAAGGCUUGAAGAAAGAGUGUACACAGGAGCAGAAUCAGCUUCCAGAACGUGCGAAGAAGAGAAAAAAGACAAUAACAACUGAAGACUUCAAGAAAACGAAGCUUACCCGGGAGCAGAAUCAGCUUCCAGAACCUUCAGUAACCAAUGCCCUGAAAACAGAAGACAGUCACCAGACUCCACAUAUGCCUUUAUCUAUAUCACCCAGCAAUUUCUUUGCCAAGAAACAGAAGAGCUCUAUCCAAAACUUCGGUGACAUAAAUGGAAACAUGCUCUCCCAGCUGAGCCAAUUUGCAACAACUUCAGCUUUCAGCAUAGAUUUUGCCGAGAGUCAAGUUCAGACUCCUCCCAAACCUCCUCCAAACCCUUCCAGGCAUUCUUCAUCAAAGAAACCAAGGAGUGGAAUCGUGCCAACAGAACCUUCUAUGGAAGAUGGUUUCCAGCAGGGUCCCAAACAAGUAAUGGUGUUAAAAGUAACAAAACCAUUUACAUAUGAUAUGAUAGAAGAGAAACAGAUGUUCCAUGCUACUGUGGCUACUGAGACUGAAUUCUUCAGGGUUAAGGUGUUUGACAUAGUCCUGAGGACGAAGUUUGUUCCAAACAAGGUCAUUGCCAUCUCAGGUUAUUUUGGGCGCAAUGGGUUUCUGGAGAUAUACAAUGACGACUGUGUGUCUGAGAUGAGAAAUAGCCAGAUGGAUAUUUCAACCACACUGAAGAGAAAAGCCUGUGCAACUCCUAAAAUUUCUGAACUUUUCUUAAAAAAAAAUGGAUUAUGUGUGAAUGGAUCAUUUCGGGUACAUGAGAAAAAAGUGAAGAAUGAAUGUAUAUAUUAUGGAGUACAAGAUGACACAGGGAUGAUGGAAGUGGUGGUGUAUGGACGACUGACCAAGAUCAUGUGUGAACCAAAUGACAGUCUUAGACUAUUCUGCUUUGAAUUAGCCUCAAGUACAGAUACAUGGCAGCUAAAAUCUGUGAGGCAUAGUUACAUGCAGGUCAUAAAGCAUAAGAAGAGAGGGACCAUCAAUCAACCCUGAUUCCACUGUGGAAACUACCUAGAGUCCUCCUUAUGGAGUCCUGGGAAUCUGCUGAUGAUGAUGGCUAUGGAGAUAAGAGCCAACCCCGGAAAAAAAAAAAAAAAUGCAUGGUUAUACAUAUGUUGAAAUUCAAACACACAUAAAAGCAAGUGCUUAACUGUAAGAAAUUGUAUGUUUUGCUUAUUCCUUGUUUCUUUUGUACUAUCUGAAUUCCAUGUUUUAUAUCUAAACAUCUAUGGUUUGAAAAAACAUAUUUUAUGUAAACAUGUUUCAGGAGGAGUAUCUAUCAUCCAUUUGGGAGUUACUAUAAACAAGUAAUUGUGUGAUCUGCAGAUCAGACUGUGACAAAGAGGCUUCAGGUGUGAUAUUCAAGGACAUUUUCAAUAAUGGUUUGUGUUCUACCCAAAGAAACCAAGCUAUUAAUAAGAGGCAGGUAGAAGCUGAAAUCCAGCCUGGGCUGUAGCUACCAAGACUAAUAAUAUCCUUAUGGAAGGGCAAAAUUCCUUCUACCCUUUUUCAUGAGCAAAUGUGAGUGUGAUGGCUAAUCCUGGGUGUCAGCUUGACUGGAUAUGGGAUU